AUGGUGCUUCUAAGAGCCAAGACUUUGGUUAUACUCUUCGCCGUGCUGACGGUAGCGUUCUCGGCGGCGCACUGGCCGCUCAGACGCUCGUGGCGCGACAACCUCGUGGCGCCUAAAGGAGGAGAUAAUGAUCCGCCCAUAGCAGUGUGUCUGGUGGGGUCAGCACGGGCCUUUGAGGCAACGGGCCCUUCACUGCUGCGCCACCUGCUGCUGCCCUCCGCGCGCCCCUCUCCCUCUCUCUCCCACCGCCCCUUACACCUCUUCCUGCACGCGCCUCUAGACGAAACCGCUGGUAAACUCAGCUUCCUCCGAAGCUUCGCCAGCAGCAGCAGCAGCAGCAGCGGCGGCAGUAUCAGUAUCACCAGCAGCAGCGGCGGCGGCGGUGGCAAUACCGGCAGAGUGCUCAGAUUACAACGGGAGGCGGGGAGUAGUGACGUGGCAGCUCAGGAUUGGGCGCGUCUGGCGCGGGAAAACGCCAUAGCAGCUGUGCGGGUCUUCCCGAACAGUGACGUGGAUGAGACAAAAUACCCCACUCAGGUCAUGUUCACUGGUGACUCGCCCAGCGGCCUGCAGGGUUUGCUACAGUACUUUCGCCUGGUGGAGGGGUGCUGGGACAUGAUCCAAUCGUUUGAAGCCACGUCAGCAGCAACCGCCCUGCGCUAUAACUGGAUCGUGCGAGCCCGUCUUGACUCCCUCUGGACCGCCCCCGCCCCCAUCCAACCCCCGCCGCCCGCCUUGCCGCCCAGUGUCCCUGCUAUAGCCACCACCGCCGCUGCACCAGCAGCAGCAGCAGCAGCUAUGCUUAAUGGCAUUGGGGUGGGUGAUAGCUUGGCCUACACGAUUCCGUAUGGGUCGGACUGGUGGGGGCUGAACGACCGGUUCGGGAUGGGAGGCAGGCAGGCGAGUGCAGCAGCACUGAAGAGGCUGAGUGCGCUGCAGCUGCUGGCAAGGCGGAAGAUUCGGAACCUCAACUCAGAAGGAGCCUUUAAAGCCCAGCUAUCUCUGGCAGGCAUCACAGUGCAACGAGCCAGCCUGCCCUUCUGUGUGCUCUCCCAACGCACCUACCCUGACGGCUGUGCCCCCACCGUCUACUCCCUCAACUCCUCCGUGCCACUAAAUGGCGCCAAAUGCCGCCCGUGCAGCCGCCCGUGUGCUACAGGUGAAAAGGCCCGAGCUCUCGUCUCCCGCAUCGCCCCUUCCAAACCUAACUGGCCGGGACCAGCAGCUGGGGAGGGCGAGGUUGGGGUGUGUGAUGCGGCGAGGGGGUGGGAGAAAGGGUGGGAGGCGGAGUUUGAUGCGGUUAUGGGGGAGGAUAUGGCGGAGGGGAGGAGGCAAGUGGUGCAGGAGGCGAUGGGGAGUAUUGACGAGUGUGAGCAAGCAUGGGAUGAGUUCCACGCCCUCACCAUCUCCUGGGAUGCGCCAUCAUCCCGAGCAGUGUGCGUGCGAGCCCGCAUGGGGCCCAGUGCAUGGGUGGGGGGAGGGCCGCGGGGAGACGGGAGAUUUGCCACGUUUCUCUCCCUGCUCUCUGCAUCAAGCAAUGUGGUGGUUGUGGUGGAGGGAGGUCAAGACAGCAGCAUGCUUCAAACGAACCAGCAGCCACCGGAGGGGGAUGAGACGAGAGGCAGUGCUGGAGUGAAAAGGAGGUUGCUUGCACCUGACACUGUAGCACCUGGCAAUGUAUCACCUGACACUGUAGCACCUGGCACUGUAGCACCUGGCAAUGUAUCGCCUGGCACUGUAGCAACUGGCACAGUAACACCUGGCGUUGUAGCGCCUGGCACUGUAGCACCUGAUACUGUAGCAGCUGGUGCUUCUGUAUCACCUGGCCCUGGCACUGUAGCACCAAUUGUGGAUGUGGGAGUGUUCCGUGCAUGGAAAGAGGAUCUGGGCCGUCGGAUCAAGGGCACCUCCAUCUCUCACCGUACGCUCGCAUGGCUGCAGGGCGAAGCAGCGAAAGAAGAAGAUGCUCCAAUCGAUGUUCUCCUG